UCGAAGGAAGGCACCGCCUUCGUCAUCGCGCGUUCGUUCGAGCGGCCCGGGUGUAGCCUUAUCUCCGCGCGAAACGUCCGACGAUUCCCGUCGGCUACGACGCAGCGACGUGCGGCUUUUGCGGCAUUCGCGCUAUCCUCCGGGAUAGCGCGCGGCACCGCCUUUCUCGAUUACUCAUAUUACACUCCGCGACUAUCUCCGGCGGCUCUGACCCGUCUUGCUCCGGCCAGUGUCGCUCGAUAAACGCGACGAUUCGGGCGCGGCGACUCCUUGCUAUGGUUCUUACGUGUCUCGUAAUUAUUUAUAAUAUACGUUCGCCUGUAUAUCGGAAACCUUCGCACGAAUGAGAUAACGAAAAGAAAAGGAACCGGAGUAAAUUAAAGCGCAGUCACAAUACGGGGAUAUACACCUUUUAUAAAGUAUCCUUCGAGUUUCUUUCGUUUUCUCCACGUGUCUUUUAGGUAUUAUUUCUCGUUUGAUUCUUUCACGUGGGCGAAAAUAGCGGUGAAUCUUGAAUAGGAAUAGCAUGUGUUGAGUGGUGGGCGUACAAUUUAUUUUGAUUAAGUAAUUAUCUCAAAAAUGUCGAAGAAGCCAGGAGCUACUCAAGCGAUGCAUAAGGUCAUAAUGGUUGGAAGUGGAGGUGUUGGAAAAUCUGCUCUGACGUUACAAUUCAUGUAUGAUGAGUUUGUUGAAGAUUACGAACCUACGAAAGCAGAUUCCUAUAGAAAGAAAGUUGUACUAGAUGGAGAAGAGGUACAAAUAGAUAUCCUGGAUACUGCAGGACAAGAAGAUUAUGCGGCGAUUCGAGACAAUUACUUUCGUAGUGGGGAAGGGUUUCUCUGUGUAUUUUCGAUAACAGAAGAUGAUAGCUUUCAAGCUACACAGGAAUUUAGAGAACAAAUUCUCAGGGUAAAAAAUGAUGAGAACAUUCCAUUUUUAUUAGUGGGAAAUAAAAGUGAUUUACAAGAAAAAAGGAAGGUUAGUUUAGCUGAAGCUCAAGCAAGAUCUCAACAAUGGGGUGUUCCUUAUGUGGAAACAAGUGCUAAAACAAAAGAAAAUGUAGACAAGGUAUUUUUCGACUUGAUGCGUGAAAUAAGGUCACGCAAAAUUGAAGAUAAGUCAGCAAGCAAUAGUCGAGGUAAAGACCGUACCAAGAGGAAGAAAAAGAAGUGCAUUAUUCUAUAG